AUGGUCUGCUCCUCCACCUCCUACUGUUGCCAAUUACAUACAAACGGCAUCGCCUUUGAUUGCUUGGAAAUAUCCCCAUAUACUCGACUCUUCAUCUCUUUCAGUCUUUCUUCAUUCUCUCGAUUCUUCUCUCUGACGGGAGAGGAAGAGGAGGGUGCGAGCGGUGGGACGCUGAGCGACGGCAGUUCCAGUAAGGGCUUUAUCGUUCCUUCCGCUACGUUGACACCUCCGGUCAUACCCGAUACGCCUUCAGUUGCAUCGGACAUGUCUACAGUUAUACUAGAGACGACUAUCAUGGAUGAAGCACACCUGCAAAAGCUUUAUUUGUUUCUUAUUUUUCAGGUGAAGAAUAAAAUCGAACCAACAUUGAAGUACAAAGGAUACUUAAUUAGGUUGGCAUGGAGACUAGCAAUUAUGGAAGCUGAUGAGCCCCCUGUAAACAAGAGUUUACAGGCCUCAACAUUCGCAGGGCAUUCUCAUAUUUUUUUGUAUAUACUCCACCUUAUGUCCAACAAGCUGUUAAUGAUGUACUUUUUGGAAUAUGUAAAGAACUUCUCUAUCGACCUGUGGUUCUUAAUUGUGGACAUGGAAUUGAGAUUCUCUCUGGAGGAAUUAUUAGGUUACAAGUGUUCCAAGCAGAGGUCAACAAUAUAUUCGUACGUUUUCUCCAUGGAAUUGGUGAGCCAACUACAGGAAACACAAGGGCGCCCGAGACAAUUCUUAGGCAACUUAAUACCAAAAAGGGGCAGUAUGCUUCAACCAAAAACAGAUGUAGACACAUUGUUAGCUAUGGGAAUUAUGGAAGACGUUAGUAUUGUUCCACAGCCCGCUGGAGAUUCAGGGAAGGUGGACCUCACUAUUAAUGCAGUUGAACGUAUAAGUGGAGGUAUCUCAGCUGGAGGUGGAAUUUCAAGUGGUUGUUUUACUUAUGAGUUCUUUCAUAUGCAAAAUCGCAAGUGGCCCUUUAGCAGGACUUAUGGAAAGUGGGACACCCGCUUGUAG